UCGAGACCGCCUCCUUCCUCCACGCGGCCGCCCACUGGGGGGUCCUCAGUGCCGCCCCCGCCUUACAGGCACCCCUCUGCGGGCACCUCCAACGGCCCCAUGGGGCACCAUGGUGUAGAUGGGGCUCCGAAACUUCCCCGGAGGCACAACUCACUGCACAAGAAGAACUCAGGCGGCAGCUACGGCGGACGCAAUCACGCACCUCCUCCACCCCCCUCGCCAUCUGCAGGACCUCCAGGGGGUGGCAGACCACCCCCACCCGCCAGGGAGCCCCCCAGCAAGAGAUCAGCCCCUUCUGCACCCAAUCCUGGGUCACGAAACGGGGGGUGGUGGGCAAGCCCCUGUUCCCCCGCCCCCCUACCGGAUCCACAGUGCUGUCACUCCCAACACCACCUCCUCGGAGCCACCCCACCACACCCGGGGGCCCAGGCCCCCUCCACCCCCUUCAUCUUCCUCCCGCACUGGACCCCCGCCGCCUCCCCCGCCCAUCCGCAACGGACACUCCUCUUCCUCCAAGUCCAAUAUAGAGGAUUUUGAGUCCAAGUUUGACUUCCACCCAGUGGAGGACUUCCCACCCCCUGAGGAAUAUAGGAAUUUCACCAAGAUCUACCCCAGCAAAAGCAAUAAACCUGGACCAGGCAUGAUCCGGGGAGUACCUCCAGCGCCACCAUUGGCAAGGUGAACUAUGGAAUUCAGGAGCAAAAGGACUUUAAUAAGUCACUCGGUCUAAUCAGAGGACGUUCAGGGGAGUGGCACGACACUUGAAACACACACAGGCCUAAACGUAGACACUUUAUAUGACCAGGCGGAAGCAAGUCAACCCCCAAACACUAUAGAAAGUUCACUAGUCUUGUUCGACUUUUUUACAAACCCUACACUACCAGUAGCUCUCUUUUCCACAAACACUUCAGACACUUCUGUUUCAGCAUGAUAGAACAAAACCCACUGAGGUGCUGAGGAACUGACCUGUUUGACUGUGAAGUGGCCACAAGCCAAUCUUUCUGCAAGAUGGGGGGGGGGGGACGUUGCAUUGAUUAUACUUUAUAGCAGCAGGGCCAACGAAGAAUUCUGCAUUCCAUCUUUUGAAAUGUGUGCAUAAUCCAUAAUGAUGAUGAUUUCCUGCGAUAUAUGAAAUAAUGUUUUUUAAAUGUUCUAUCGUUAACCGCAGUAACUGUGUCGUCUGUAGGACAAAAUAGGGGACACACUAACGUCGCCAAAAAUGCGUUGGGUGUCAGUUGGUAUCUAUAGUACGUGGUGUGUUUUCUAUAGGUUUUUUAAAAUGCCGCACUUCCAGUGCCCUGAGAAGGUAAGGUGUGGAAUAGAAUUCUCUCCUACCUUGAUGUGCCAAUAGUUGGGUGGAGUAGAAUGAGGGGCCUCUCACACUUAGGAAAGCUGUCGUUUGCGUCACACAGAAAUGACUUAGUUUUUUGGUAUGAAACAGGGAUAGGAGAAAUUACUUGAAUGCUUGUCAUGUUAUGAGAGGGCGAGUCUUGCUGACAGUGCGUGACACCGUGCAAAGACUGUGAGGAGCAUUCCCAACUAGAUAUUUUUUUGUUCUUCCUCAUGGCAUUGCUCUGUGGCAGCAUAACAGCUUAACCGUGGCGUCUGUGAAUGCCAUGUUUUUACACUAGAGGAGAACAGAAACUGCUGCUCUGAUGGGUUGCAGUCUAGAUUUAUUCGAAACAAAACAUAAAUGCUUCUUCAUUUUGUCAACACUACGAAAUGUGUCAGGGAUCAUUGCCGCUCCUCUUUAAUGAUCGUUAGCUGCCAAAGCUCCUUUACUUUAUUGAUCAAGGAAGGCGUUUGAGAGUACUGUAUGAAAUUCUACUUUCACUUUAUUCAAUGCUGUUCCUGUUUCCUGCCACAAUGGGGCGAUCAUGGAUAAAUUAUUACCCUCAUUCCUUUCUUUGGACCAAGGGUAGCUUUGCAGGGCUGUCAGUCAUUCAACCCUGUCUUUCUGAAGUUCCUUAAAAAAAAAAAAAAAAAAUGUAUUUUUUGAAACUAGAAUAUUUGAUUUUAUUGCUGGUGGCCCUUUGGAAUAGACUGUAUCCUGGCCAGAGGGAUACCAUAAUGCUUGAGUUUUUAAUGCAUUCCUAUGCAAGGAACGAUUUUGUUUGUAUUCUCACUUCUCGUUGGUAGCAACUAACCAAAAAGGAAACACCUAAGUGCCAGAAGAAGGUGUAGGGUGAAAUUGCUCCUAGGUGCUGAUUUGGGGUCAGUUUUGUAUUUUCCCUACUAAUGUUUUAAGGUUUGGAUUGGGGAGGGAAUCUUAUCCUAGAUCUGUACCUAUGGGAAACUUCAACAGGGAACUAUUUGGGCAGAGUAGGCCCCAGAAAUGUCGUCAUGGUGGAUUUAUAUAAUUUUUAUGACUUAGGAGCUCCUAAAUGUGUGAUACCUAAGCUGUCAUUACAUUGUAGCUUUGUGAUUUCUGUUAUGAUUCCACUACAGUGAAAGAGAACUACAUGGACCAGCUACACGAGAAUAGAUUCCUUUCUCUUCUCCAUUCCUUUUAUGUAGUCCUCAGGCUGGUUGUUGCCUUACACAUCUAUUGUCAUACUUAUCGGUACCAGUGCAUUUGAUAAAAAUAAAAGUGAGUCUAUUAAAAAUGCAAUAAAUAAUGUAUAUUUACAUAAAGUAUGAGAAAUAUGGUAAUCGUAGUUAUUGAUAUAUUUUAAUGUUUGUAAAAAGCUUGUAAUAUAGGGAGGAAAUUGAUUAAAAUGUUUAACAACAGUCCAGUUGUGGGCUUUGUCUGACAGCCAGAGAGACGGGUCUCUUUGCAGCACUUCUCUGUGUCUGACAGUGUGUGUAACUUGUGUGAUUGAUGGAUAUGUUUAGUCUCACACAGGUGACUCAUUGACUAUGUGUGAUUCUCAUGUUCUCACCCUGUUCAUUUCACUUGUUAAUCAACCAUGUUUUAUCAUUUGAAAUAAAUAUAUGCUUUUGGGGGGAAAAGGGGUA